UGGCAUUUAAAUAUCCCUUUACAAGGCCUAAGGCAGGCAUGAAUUGGAAAGUAACUAAAGCGUUAAGAGUUCCUUAUCCAAAUAAUAGUAUCUUGAGGAAAAAGAAUGAGAAAUUGGUUAAAAGAGAAGAGAUGCUUGGAGAAACUAGGAAGAAGGCAAAAUCUCAAAGACCUUAUGCUAGAAAUUCCGAAAAGUUUACAGCUAAUACAAAAAUAAAUCUAAAAUAAAACAAGAGUAAAGCCAAUAUUAGCAUGGAAGGAUAACAAAAUUAAAAAAAGAACAGAUCCUGAUAUCAUCCAGAGCCAGGUUGAGUCAAGCCCAAUGCUGAAGAACGUGUUGAGUUAUAGCAAAGUCGGGAUAAAAAGAAAUGAAACAGAUAGUAUUGAUAGGAAUUCCUAUUAUGAUCCUCCUAAGCAAUCAGAGAUUAAACCAGCCAACGAUUUUAAUACAAUUAUGAUCAAAGAUCCUAACCUUGGAAAGCAGCUAGCCAUGCAAAUUAAUCAACAAGAUGUGAGAGAUAAAAAUAGCUCCCAAAAUCAGAUCAAGAAGUUAAACAUACUUGUGAACAAAACCAAAGUGCUUUUUAAAGACCAUAACAACUCAGAAAAGGUAUCAUUGCCAUACCUCGAAAGAAAUUUUAAUAAGAGUCAUUUUGAAAACUCUGUCCAUAACCAAGGACACUCAAGAAAGCCUUUAAUGGUAUCAAGGUUUGAAUCCAACAAGAUUUAUUCCUCAACUACUCCGAGCGUUGAUGAUGCAAUACAUAGAGCUAGUUCUGUAGAAAGUAGAUUACAGAAAGAUAGCAGCGUUGUAACAAUAUCUAGCAAUAAUUACUGUCAACCAAAGAGUAUUAUCAAUAUAAAAUCUCAUAAGCCAAGAAAGAGCGUAAAACCUCCUGAUAUUGCUCAGAUUAAUUCACAAUACCAGAAAGAUAUAAUAAUCACCCAAAACCAACAGAAGCCUGGACAAACCAAAAUAGCCACUGGAACUACUCGAAACAAACGACGUCAAAUCCGACCUCUUAAAACUACUACUAGAACUUCCAAGAAUUUAAAAAUUAAUUCAAAUCAAGCCAAGAGGCACCCUAAGAAGUCUCAUAUUGGUCAUAACGAAUGGUGAAACUGCCAUAUUAAAAAACCAUUAGGCCAAAAAACUUUCAAGAAAAAGGCCAAGAAGAACCCACCUCCAUCUGAACCGAUCAUACCAGCGGAGGAGCCAAAGAAAGAGGUGGCUCCGCCACCUGACUUCUUUGACUACGGGAACAAAUUUAUUUAUGAGUAAGAAAUUGUGAAGAUAAAUUUA